GACAGUCAGACCUCCAACUAACAAUAGAAGAAGUCGCAAGAACACUCUUAGCGCUAGACACCACCAAGGCUACUGGACCUGACGGAAUACCAUCUCGACUUUUGAAAGAAACUGCGUGGCAGAUUGCACCUUCCCUCACCCAAAUAUUCAACAAGUCGUUAAGCUGUGGCGAAAUACCUGAUGAAUGGAAAUUAGCAAACAUUGUUCCGGUACACAAAAAAGGCGAAAAGAGCCAAGUAGAGAACUAUAGACCUAUCUCCCUUCUUUCCAUAAUAUCGAAAGUACUAGAACGUUGUGUCCUGAGAAAUAUACGUGAUCAUUUGCUGCAAUUAAUCAAUGAUAGCCAACAUGGUUUUAUUCCCGGAAAGUCGUGUACAACUCAGCUAUUAGAGGUUCUUGACUAUAUUGGUUCACUUCUGGACGGUGGCAAGCAAACUGAUGUAGUCUACAUGGACAUGUCCAAGGCAUUCGACAAAGUCCACCAUAAAUAUCUGAUAAGCAAAUUAAGGAACGUCUAUGGCAUCUCUGGUAAACUCCUUCGCUGGUUUGAGUCAUAUCUGAUAAAUCGCAAGCAACGUGUGACUGUGCUAGGAGCUACAUCCUCCGCAAGACCUGUCCUGUCAGGAGUUCCACAGGGUUCAAUAUUAGGUCCCAUACUGUUUCUGCUGUACGCGAACGACCUGCCGGAUACAGUAAAGCACUCCAAGAUCGCCUCCUUCGCCGAUGACACGAAACUAUUUAAGAAAGUUGACUCUACUUCCGAUGCCAUCUCCUUACAAAGUGACCUGAGUAGUUUGGAGAACUGGUCAACAUCUUCUGGCCUUGUCUUCAACCAAGACAAAUGCAAAUGUCAGCGUGUAACAAGGAAAAAGAAUCCUAUCAAAUACGAAUAUAAGAUCAAUAACAAGUCCCUGGUGGUCACCGAAAAAGAGAAAGAUUUAGGUAUAUGGAUUACGGACACGUUAAACUGGUCUUACCAUACCCUCGAUCGCUGUGCGAAGGCAAACAAAAUGCUUGGUUUCCUGCGUAGGGCUGCAACGGAAAUUACAAAUGUUAAGAUACGCCGCACACUGUACCUAUCAAUUGUUCGCUCAACGCUAGGUUACGCCACUCAAGUCUGGUCACCACAAUCGAUCGACUUAAUUACGAGGACAGAACGCAUCCAACGACGAGCUACAAAGUUCAUUUUGAAAUUACCAUACGUGUGCGGAGAAACGUACAAAGACAGACUGAUCUCCUUAGACUUACUACCAAUAACCUACUGGCACGAGUUCCUUGACAUUAUGUUUUUCUUUAAAGCUGUAAACAACAUUAUAAUUGUCUCGAACGAAAUCCUUCCGCAGCCAAUUAUCCCAUCAAGGCUCACUAGAACCUCGGUUGACACCAACCUGCUCUCCUUCCGUCCUCGCAAAUGCAAGACGCUGACAUACCAACGCUCUUUCUUCAUCAGAGUAAUAAGAACUUACAACUCUCUGCCAGAAAAUCUAAGGCAAAAAGAUCUCUCACUGGUACGAUUUAGAACAUUGUUGCUAGGCUGGACUACUACCACAACGCUGCCAAGACAUCCUAUGAUGUAGACGAUGCCAGAACGUGGAGAACAGUCUGCUUAAAAUGCAACACAUCACGAAAACUCGUGCAACCAUUAACGUGUUGCUAUUAGUACAUGUAUACUAUCAAUUAUGAGUUUCAAUUUAUAUAUUAGUUGUGUGUUUUCUGUAUCCAAGGGCCCACAGUAAUUGGUUUUAAGCUGUUGUGGUGACCCCGCCUUUUUGUUGUUGUCACCUUUUUGUCCAACCUUGAAACGUGGAGGCUGGGCGUAUUUGCUGCGUUUCGAUAUGUUUUGUCUAGGUCUAUGCCAAGUCAUGUUGGGCUCAUAAAAAUCAAGCUAUUCUAAAAUGAAUAUAAUUGUAAAAUUAAACCGUCCUAGGUUAGCGGUCAAGGGUGUAUGUUUUUGUUUUACUAUCAUGUUGAAACAUAGACAGGGGCGCUGAAGUUUGCUCGUUUUCGGGUUGGACAGAAAUGGUUGUGUGUACGUGUUGUUUGAUUGUGUAAUUAUAGGCGAAGCUAAAUAAAUAAAUAAAUAAAUAUUACAUUACAUUUUAAGAAGGUAACUAUUUUGUUUACAAGUUUUCAAAUUCAAUUUAAUUGCUGCCUGUUUCCAAAAUUAUGUAAAACUUAACUCUAUGUGUUUUCGUAGCUCAUCUAAGUACAAAGCCAAUAGGCCAUAGCUACAUGCACAGAACGGCUAAUUUAGAAUUUUCUCCAUAUGCUCAAAAUCCAAUGUAAUCAACACAAAGCAACAAAUCUUUGCUUAUUGCAUAGUUUAUACUGACUGGGUGACAUUCAAAUAUUGUCGUAACAUAUUGUCGUAAUGUCCCGUUGCAACAAUGUACAAUAUUGUCCUAAUAUGAAGUUUAAUUUUUUAGUCACAGUUCAUUUUCAGUUUACCAUGGCAACAGUGACGACACCUGUCCGGUAGUGAAACUGAAAGCGUGCUGAUGUAAUCGUGUUGUAGUAACAAUAUUGCAGUUUCAGCGAACACCUGCGAACGCGACAUAUUGUGGUUGUUGCCAUAGAAAUAACAUGCAACGAUCGGCUUUAUAGCGAGUAGUUUAUUAGAAUGAGUGCAUGUUGUUUGACUCAAAUUUCUUCGUUCUUUUGCAAACCUGAGUGCAAUACACGCUUCCUCCAGAAACAUGUCACGUUGACUAUAGAAUCUCGUUUCCAUAAUUGAGACAUUGGGUUUGAACUGUCACAUUACACGAAAACGAGGCUCUACCGUCGAAGUUACGUACUUUCUGGAGGGGUAUAUAUCUUGUCUUGUCUUGUCUUGUCUUGUCUGCAUCUUUGCACAGAUCCAUUCCAUUUUUGCUUUGCUCUCGACCUUAGACGAUGUCUGUACACUAAUGAGUACCUAUUUUUAUUUUUUUUAGAUGAUUGUGGUCGGUGUACUUGGGGCUGUUAUACUGUGUACAAAAAGCAAGGCAAUUGUAAGUAAUUUGCCGCUUUACUUAUUUGGACUCACCUCACAUGCCCCAUAUCAAACAUCGUAGGAAACCAAACCAUACCUUACUUUGCUUUUUACUCAGUUCUCGAUUCUCCGGUCCGAAUGGACGUCAUCAAUUUUUCAUCUCACUAUCCACAGAUUGUUGCCAAAAAUGGACCUCAGAAUUGAAAUCGUCCUGCGAAAAUUUCACGACGUUUGGGCCGAAUAUGAAAAUAAAAAAUCGAUAACGCGAACUCGGAUCGAAGAAUACUUCUACGAUUAUUUCAUCCUAUUUUUUUAUGCAUUGACAAAUUCCAAAAUGAGAAAUAUUUUUUACGACUUCCUUACAGAUGAUCGUUUUUCUGGUUUUCUGCAUAAUCGACUUAAUCAUCAACAUUAUACAAGCGAUUGUUGCUGCAAUUGUCAUGGCUUUAGUAGGAAUAAUGAAGGAUGCUUUGGACGACGGGAGGUGCGAAGAAUACAGAGGAACAUGUGGCUGUAGAUACACUACGGAUACAUCUGGCCUUAAGAGUGCUUCUUUCGAAGGUUAGUAAAGAUAAUUCCGUGACUAUAAUCAAUGAUUUAGAAAAGUAAAAAAACAACUUUACCUUCAUAAAAGGUUGCCGCAUGUUUUUUCCGACUUUCGCCUGAAGUAACACUGGAACAAUAGAAGAUGCCCUUACUGGAUCUCUAGGGAGAGUAGUUUAGAACUGAUACAGCUAACCUGUAUACAGUUAGUUUAGGUUUCCUCCUGUACUAACACUGGACCAACAGGAAUGGCUCUUACUGGAACUCUAAAGAGAACAGUUUAGAACUGAUAGAGCUAUCCAGUAUAGCUAUCCAGUAUAAUUAAAGUUACAAUAGAAGAUGCCCUUACUGGAUCUCUAGGGAGAGUGGUUCAGAGCUAAUACAGCUAACCUGUAUACAGUUAGUUUAGGUUUCCUCCUGUACUGGGCUCGUACUGGACCUCUUGGAGGAACAACUUAGAACUGAUAAAGCUAUAUCUAACUUGACGUAUAAUUUAUUUCAUGCAGUUGAAGGUUGUGAUGAUAUCAACGCUAUGAUGGCCAUCAUCAGAGCAGUGACUGCAUUCUGUGUGCUCGGAAUAAUUGCUACAUUUGCGGGCUCUAUCAUUGGUUGCAUUGGAGCAUGCUGUGACAAAGAAAGCGAUGUAAGAACAUACAGUUGCCUAGAUCCUUGUAUAACACUAAGCAUGUCAUUCAGUCACGAUCCAUUGAUCAGAAUGUUGCAUUGUCUUUUCAUUGUUUUCAAAAUUCCACUGUUCUGCACAUCAUCCAGUCAUCGGAAUGUUCCAUUGUUUUCAAAACCCACUUGUCUCCACGCCAUACAGUCAUGAUCCAGUAAACAGAAUGUUGCAUUGUCUUGAAAAUACCACUGUUCUCACGUCAUCCAGUCAUGAUCCAGUCAUCGGAAUGUUUUUAAUAUCAUAUUUUUCUCAUGCCACCCAUUGUUUUGAUCAUAAUGUAAAGGGCCUAUUUGCAAGCAAAAGCGUGCAUGUUAUACAGUACAGGGUGUAUCAAAAAAAGCGCAACCUCGGAAUUUCCCAAGAAAUCGACAUUGUUUUAAAGACAAAAGAUUUUAGGCGCCUGGGAAUUUAAAAUUGCACAACUGUCAAAAUUACUGCACACGCGAGUGCAUAAAGCAAAAUUUAUGCAUUUAUUUAAUGCACAACAACAGUAAUAUGAUCUAUUAGCAAUUCGAUUUCAAUUCCCAGGGGCCUAAAAUCUUUUAUGCUUAAGAAUUACAAAGUGAUUUCUUAGGAAAUUCCGAGGUUGCGUUUUUUUUGAUACACCCUGUACAGGGUGUCCCCCAAAAAAGUGACACUAUAGAAAUUAUCCUAUUGUUAUAAUUUGAAUGCCCUAGCACUAAGUUGAUCCCAUAGGUGCAUAAACUUCUGCUUCUUAGGCCUGGUUCACACUGAUCGUAAGAGUCGGGGAUUUCCAUCGUCUGUGGUCACUGGUGUGUAAAGAAUACAAUAGAUCGCCGACGAAUUACGACCAGUGUGAACCAGGCUUUAAAAUAAAAAAGCAAACAGUUUAUUAGUGUAAUCGUUUUGCUUGACUCGGGCGUUAAAAUAUUUGGACAAAGCGAAAACGUUUUAAAAUGCUUAAAUGUAAAUACAAGCUCAUUAAAUUCCCAGGCGUGUAAACACGCGCGUUUAAGAGCGGCUUAAGAACAAUGAGAUAAUUUCUAUAGUGUCACUUUUUUUGGGACACCCUGUAUAAAGUUACAAGUAUUGCCCCCAAAUUGGUUUCAAGUAUUGCCGCCAAUGCUGUAUCAGUCCCAUGUUGUUUUUCCUCCAGUGUAACUACAGGAGGGGGUACCCAGAGAAAACACAAAAUGUUUCUCACAUAUGACCGAGACGAAGUUAUAAUGAGACAGCUGCAAGAAUUGGAACCCGCGGUCACGGAGGUGAAAGACAACUCUGUGCAACGAAAGUAAAUAACAGCUAUUGGUUUUCCCAACACAACACUUCAAUAUUUUACUCUUUACUUUAACCAGACACCAGGUAUAGUGGUGAUUCAACAAGGUCAACAACCACAAAUUCAGACGACCACAGUACAAACCAUCCAUCAGGCACCAGCACCUGGUACUCAACCACCUCCACCUAAUCAAGCAUACCCACCCAAUCAAGCAUACCCUAUGGACCCUGAAAAGGGAGCACAGCAAUAUGGAUAUUGA